UAUACACAUUACUAAAAAUGAGUAAAUAAUAUUCGGACAUUCUUCUUCAACAAAAAGCACAUAACUAUGCAUGCUGAGGAAAAUAAAUAAUUAGCGACACCAGGAAUAAAGUUGGUAAGCUACCCGUCAAUUGAAAGCACGAAAAGGUGAGCGAAGCAACGACAGUCGCCGAAUCGAAUCGUGGCAACAGAAGCCAAAGUUUAGCCGAGUGCAUGCUGAACGAAGCAGAAAUGUAACGAACUUUCACGCAACAAACAACAACGACGGUGUAAAGUUUUUGAAUUUUCAGUAUCGCACAAACAACAUAAACGGAAACAUCGUAUUGAUAAGCUGUGGAGAAUAAGAGAAUAGCGCCGCGUUCGUUCCGAUACCCUAUAUUAGUGCCCUAGUGUAUCCACGCCUCCUAAAUACACUGAAAAAAUUAAGGAAUAUGAAUCUAAUAUGAAAAAUAUAAGCACCAGUGAAAGAUAACGGUACAAAUACGUGCUAAUAAUAUUUCACUAUAAUAAAAUAUGAAUAAAUUAAGAAGAAAAGCUGAAAAGUGUGCAUGCGUGGAUGCAAACGUAAAUUUUGUUAUACGGAUGUACAUAUGACUGUUUAUAUUUACUUAGUUUCGUAGUGAAUUGUUUUAUAAAAGCAAAUGUAGGCAUAUACUACAUUUUAACAAUGCAGUGUGUAUGUGUUAAGUGAAUUUAAAUGUUUUCAUUGCACUGACCUAUAGUAAUAGUUGUAAGCGGUGCAUAUCUUUAUAUAUACAUAUAUGUAUAUAUGGUAUAUAAAUGUGUACAUACAUAUCUCCGAUGAAUAUUUUAAAUAUAUGCACAUUUUUUACUUCAAAAUAUAUGAAUUUAUCUAGAUACAUGUUAAAUACAUACAUACACACAUAUGCAUUUAUUGAAGUCAUAAUGGUGUGCUUAUGCGAAAGCUGUAUUUAUGAUUUUGAAGUUGCAAUAUUGCCUAUGGAUCUGUGAAAACAAAGAUGUCCAUUCAAAAGCUAGCCGAAAGCACAAAUUCAGGUUAUGUCAGCUCUGAAGAAACUGAUUCAUUGCUUGUAUCCAAUACGCCAAAAUGUAAGUCCUCCGUAUUACGACAUAUAAAAAUGAGCUCAGUAAAUGGACCAACAACGACGAGCAUGUCUUCUUCCUCGACCGGCAAGCCAACGUUAAUACGCCAAGAUCGUACUUCCACUUAUCUUACGAGUCCUCAGCUAUCCCAACAAACUCGUCUUGGAUCAGAGGAAAGCGUACGCGGUGUUGGGGGAGAUGAUGACAUCGAACAGGGACUACGACCGGGAGUAGUACCUGAUAUUGAGGUACAUGAAGAUAAUCCAAAUAAACAACAAGCGACCCACAAAAAAUUGGAGUCGAACCAUUUAAAACAGCAACCAGUACAACAAUCGAAUUCGCGAUCGCAACUUCAACAACAAAUUUCUCAACCAACCAUAUCAAUAACGAAUUUGAAUACGUAUCAGACACAAGAGUAUGUUAAUCCUCAAAGUAAUCCAAAUUUGGGAACAUCAUCAUAUCAGAAUCUCUCUUGUGGUAUUCCCACAAGCGCUCAAAAUCGUUGUCGCGCUUGCCGUAACUGUAGUCGACGAGCAUCAACUACGCCUCUCUCCACUACAGCUAGUGCCGGCAUGGAUCGCUCAACAUCGAAAGACAGCGUCAAAAGUGCCUUUCAACAGGGUAACCUGUCGAUUUCCAGUUCGGCGAUGCAACAACACGCACCACCGUCUCUUUUAGUUACUUCGUCGCCUACGAAUGGAUCUCGCAUAAUCCGUCAAAGCUCUCAGCCAGAGUCCAGUACUACAGCCAUUUGUUGUGGCGCACAUAGCUCUUGCGGUCACUCGCACACAGUUCCGAACGUGUCACUGAAGAUUUUGCGAGAUAGUGCGACCGAUGGAAUUGCAGGCAUAGCUGCCGAUUCCUUACGCAUUAACGGCGGCAUGCGACCAUUCAAACAGGGUGUUCUUCUAAUGCCCCGAACAUUGUCUGAGAGCCGAAAAUUACGCCUAAGAAGAGCUUUUACAGAAGCAACUAAUGAGACACUCCAAUGCUCUAAAAUGCUCCGCAAACCAGCAUCGACUCUCUCAAUUCCUGGCUCGAUGAAAACACCUUCUAUAGCGAAUCGGGAACAGAACUCAUCGGGAUGCAACGAAGAAGCAGCCGAGGCGUUAGUGGGUAUCCACUCCGAUUACCCCAGGUAUGAAAUGUAUAUGGAAGAACGAGCUCUUACUGGCGGUAAUACAUCGAGGAAGCCGUCAACGAUUUCAGCAAAACACAAACCCAACGUUGGAUACCGGCUUGGUAAAAGAAAAGCUUUAUUUGAGAAAAGAAAACGCAUUAGUGAUUAUGCGUUGGUAAUGGGCAUGUUCGGUAUAAUCGUUAUGGUGAUUGAAAACGAAUUAAGCAGUGCCGGCGUUUAUACAAAAGCUUCAUUUUACUCGACAGCGUUAAAAACGUUAAUAUCUGUUUCGACUGUGAUUCUUUUAGGUCUUAUUAUAGCUUACCAUGCUUUGGAAGUGCAGGUGAGAUUGUUCAUGAUAGACAAUUGUGCAGACGAUUGGCGGAUCGCAAUGACAUGGCAACGAAUUAGUCAGAUAAGUUUAGAACUUUUUAUAUGUGCAAUUCAUCCAAUUCCUGGCGAAUAUUAUUUCCAAUGGACCACAAAAUUGGCAAAUAAAAAUAAAACUAUGGGCACCGAAACGGUACCAUAUGAUGUGGCGUUAUCAUUACCCAUGUUCCUUCGGCUAUAUUUAAUAUGUCGGGUUAUGCUUCUUCAUUCGAAAUUAUUUACGGACGCAUCGUCACGAAGCAUAGGAGCCCUCAACAGAAUUAACUUUAAUACGAGAUUUGUUUUAAAGACUUUAAUGACAAUAUGUCCAGGAACGGUGCUACUCGUUUUCAUGGUAUCCCUAUGGAUAAUUGCUUCGUGGACUUUGCGGCAAUGUGAAAGAUUCCACGACGAGGAGCACGCAAAUUUGCUAAACUCCAUGUGGCUAACAGCCAUCACGUUCCUAUGCGUGGGAUAUGGUGAUAUUGUACCAAACACCUAUUGUGGACGCGGUAUAACGCUUACAUGUGGCAUGGUGGGUGCCGGUUGCACGGCCUUGCUUGUCGCGGUUGUUUCGAGAAAAUUGGAGCUCACCCGGGCUGAAAAGCAUGUUCACAACUUCAUGAUGGAUACACAACUAACGAAAAGGCUGAAAAAUGCAGCGGCAAAUGUUCUUCGUGAAACUUGGCUCAUUUACAAACAUACAAGACUAGUAAAACGGGUUAAUCCCGGACGUGUAAGAACCCACCAAAGAAAGUUCCUUCUAGCUAUAUACGCGUUACGAAAGGUUAAAAUGGAUCAACGAAAACUAAUGGAUAAUGCCAAUACAAUAACAGACAUGGCGAAGACUCAAAACACGGUCUACGAGAUCAUUUCGGACAUGUCGAGUCGUCAAGAUUCUAUUGAAGAACGACUCACAAAUUUAGAGGACAAAUUGCAGUCAUUGCAGGAACAUUUAGAGAGCUUACCUGACGUAAUAUCUCGUUGUCUAACUCAACAUCAAGAAAGGAUAGAACAACGCAAGAACUUUCUACAUCCAGAUGCAGCAGCUACUUCAGUGCAGGCGUCACCACAGUCCCUGUUCAACGCAUCUCCGAUGUUAUUUCCCCACUCAAGAAGUGUUCCCUCAUCCAAUAAUGUUGCUGCAACAUACCAUUGGCCAACCAGUCCUAUUUUGCCACCUGUAUCUAGUAGAACUCCACAUUUAGUGCCUGAUACUCACAUGCCAUCGAAUGGAUCUGCCGCAGUUAAUAGCUACGCAUCUUCCAAUAAAUAUGGCAGCUGAAUAGAAGAAAUUGAGUGCUCCAUGCCCGUCACAAACAUCGAAAUGCCUACCAUUACGAUACCACUAUCUCUAACGUCACCCAAGUUAAAUAUUGCAAAACCCGAAAAUAUUAUUGCUGGGGUCAAAUGCAAUUCCGAUUUAUCAUCAAAUGUCGGCCGAAGAGUUCCCAAUGCUUUACAUUUCAUCAUGGAGACUACAAUUUCCGAAGACGCCGAAACAACCAUACAAGAUUCGCCGGAUAGUUCAUCAACGACAACACAACUACAAGAAGCACACUCAGCAUCACCAACCGUAUGCACAAUAGCCGCGACGAUGGCUACCAAUAAAUUUACCAGGAAGAGACAACGUCUAUAUAAUAGCUAUAGCUUUAUAAAUAGUGGUAAUAGUACUAAUUCUAACGAUUUCAUUUCGAAAACGGACUACUUUAAGGCUUCUUCGAAAUGAAAGCGGCCUAAUAAUUUAAGAUAUCACCUAGUUCUAUUCAUACAUGUAUAUACACAUCUAACAUUGCGUUAACAUACGAGUAUUUAGAUAAUUUUUAAUUUAUAAUGAUCGGUCAACAAAAGUAAUCUUAGAAACAUGGAACGUACAUACAUAAACUUAUGUUUUUCCCAUAUAUAUAUGUAUAUGGAUAAUUCAACCGUAAUUAUGUGUUUUUAUAUACUAUAUACUUGUACAUAUUCAUAAAUUAAAGAAACGCUGCAAAGAAAAUGCGAAAUGAGAUUUAUCUACAAAAGUUAAGUAUAUUGUUAAAGCUUCCAGCGCUUGGUAGAAAUACCAUACAUCCAAAAAUGGUUCUUGUUUAAAUUUUGAUUGAACUUGCCUCAAUAUUUUCAUCUCCACUGUUCGAAUUCCCUUUACUUUUACUUAUAUGUUGUACAUAUGUACAAGUAUAUUAAAUCUGUAAAUGUUCUACGAAUCAUUCUGAACAACUUUGUUCCUAAAACCGGUUUCGAGGUAGCGACUUUUGAAGCGAAGUUUAAAAAAUCUGAAUAAUAGGUUCUAUGGAAGAUAUGUAUAUGUGACCUGGUCUACGAAAAGGGGGCUUAGGUGUCAAAAAAAAAGGAGAACAAUUAAUGAGAUAACGAGAAACUGACGAUUAUUUUUAACAGCUUUUCCCAGAAAACUAGUUUUCGCACGUUAGCCCCCUUUUCGUAGACCAGGUCACAUAUGUUAUAGUUGUGCGAUCGGACCUAUCCGAAUAUCUUAAAAACUGAUGAACCAAUUUGCAUGAUCCCUAAAAAACUUCGCCGCAAAAAUCUCUGACUCGAAACUGCAUUUAGACCCAUAGUCUCGUAGGAAAAGUUGUUCAGAACGAUCCGUAGAACAUUUUUUGGCUUCUGUAAAUCAAACCGCUUUAAAAUAUAUGUACAUAUAUAUAUAUUAAGUUAAUUUACAACUUAUUUAAAUCGUUUAUUGAACAAAAAAUUAGUUGUCCAUUUUAUACAUAUUCUGAUGUGUUCUUCUGAACUUCAAGAGAAAGCUACAUAUAUCGAAGAGGUUACUGCAAAAAGAAAGCUAAUUGUUAAUUCAUGUACUUUGGACGCAAAAAACAUAUUGUAUACAUACAUUUUUUGAAUUGAAACGAAAUUUAUUUUACUCUAACUAUUUUUAAUAUACUUUCAAUAAUAAUCUUGAUAAUAUUACUAGAAUGUUUUUGUUGCUGAAAAAUUUUCCCCAAAAAUAUUACCUGCUGAAUUGAUAGUGGUACACUUGCUUAUGAUUCCACCAUGGUUCUGUUUACACCACGAAGCCUCUUAAUUAAUCGACUAAAGUGGAUUCUUGCGAACAGAGCACAAUCACAGAAACAUCUUACACGGAUAUUAAAAUCUGGAGAUAUAUGUAUAGUACAUGUUACAUAAGCGUACUAAUUGAGGAAAAGACAUCAACGAAAAUUUAUCAAAAAGAUACGUAUUUUCAUUUACAAAAUUUUAAAAAGAUCAAUAUAAUAUAAUGAGUAUUAUUAAUUGCACUAUACGGCAAAAACCUUUUUUUUUUUUGGUUUUUGACCAAAUGAAUUGAGUCAGAAUUGAAAAAGUAUUCUCCAAAACUUAAAUAUUUGCCUUCGCAGUAUGAGAUUAAGCUUAUUUCAAGCAUAAUUAUUAAUUAUGGUAUACAAGUAUAAGUUACUAAAAAUUUCUGCUUAUUUCAAAGAGGUAAAACAUUUGUCUGUCAGGCUUGUGUAUAUGACAGAUGCUAUAAGUGACCAAAGUCAGAUUUUGAAAAAAUUUAAAAAAUUAAUUCAAUUAAUUUGAAAAAUUUUAAGAAAUUCGAUAUUGUUGUUGUAAAGGUUGUGAUUUUUCUUGUAUUUGUAUUGUGCGUAUAUUAUUUAGUAUAAGGUCCAAGUGUAAGAUGGUGAAGAUUUUGCUAAUACUGGAAUUGUUUGGAGUGCGUUAAAGACAAUUAUCAUGAAUGUGAUGGACAAACUCUUUCAUGUUAAUUAUGGUAAAUAUGUAAAUAUUCUGAUAGAAGCCUUAACGAAAGCGAGGUUCAUUUACUGCAUGUUCCCCUCGAUUUGUUAGAAAAGCAGUUCUUAAGCGAAUCUGAUGAGCAGGGAGAACAUUUUCGCAUAAUCGAGGCUCCAAUGGGCGCCCGCUACAAGAGGAAACAAUUGACACCAUGAAAACAGAUAUACAAGUAUGUACUAUGUUGGUGGCUUAAAAUCGCACUAAGAAAUUUCGUUGAGGUCUAUGAUUAUGAUGAACAUUGUGAGGAGAGGAAAACUUAUUUCGUACUUCGAAGCAAAUAUUUCGAUUUUGGAGAAAAACUGUACGAAAAACGCAGAAAUGACUUUUUCACUUAUAACUCAAUAUCUCGAAAACAAUUGCUUUGCUUCUAUACCAAGCCAAGGGUUCCACAAAGUUAUUAAAAAAGGUAAAAAUAUAAUUCAGCAUGUAGAUGAUGAUAAUGAGAUUUAUAUUAAACACAACACAACAAAAUCACUAAAUUGAUACAGAAACUUAACUGAGUAAAGUUAAAAACCAAAAUUUGGACCGUUCAAGUCCAGGCUUUGUUAUAUUUUUUCGUUAAAAGUCAAAAGUACAGAGACCUGAAGCAAUUAUCGUUUAUUUAUAAGUACAACAAAGGAUAUAUGGAAAAGACGUAACAACAUCGCGUAAUUAGUAGACUAAUUCUAAUUUUUUUAACGUUCGUUUUGUUUAUCGCACGCAAAUUGUUUUUCGUCGAAUGUUUUCCAACUUCCACUUAAAUAACUUCACUGAUUAUUCCAAUGAACUUAUGUAUGUAUAGUUAUUACAGGAGACCUCAAUAAAAAAAUAUAAUAUAUUAUUAUUAUCAACUUCAGUAAGCAAUGGUCGACUUAAAACCCAUUAUAUUCAACACUCUUGUACAGAUGUACAUUUUAAAUACAACUACAAGUGAAUUAAAGCGCUGAAUAAUUAUCAUCACCUGAAAUUUAACAAUUAAUUGGUCUAUUUAUGCAAAUGGUUAAGGUGUAUUGUUUUAAUUAUUUUGUAACACAGGAGAGAAGAUGAAAAAUAGCCCGCUAUCAGUCAAGAAAUUACCGAAUUCGAAAAUAUAUAAAAUAACAUGGCCUAUGCAUACCCAUACUUGCAUUAUAAUUAUUGAGUCUCAAACAGCAUUUGAAGGACAGACGUACCAAUUUGUAUAUACGAUUAGUAAUUAGUGUGACAUGUUUACACAAUUAAAAUUUUAAAUUUUAUAACUGUUUUAUUUCGGUUCCAUUAAUACGGAAAAUGUGGUUUGACAGGUUUGACACCGGUUUGCAAUUCUGUUCCCAAAUAAAAAAAUUCUCAACAUUUGUAUGUAGUUCUUAGUAAAAAAUAUUUAUUGUAUAGUAUGUAAGACCUAAAUAAAAUGAAUGUUUGUUAUAAUGAUAGUGUGAGUGAGUUCUGUACAAUUUUAUUCGUGUGAUUUUGUAGACAAAAUAUUUAAAUACAGUUUUACCUUUUUAAGGAAAAGGAAAAAAGACUUAUAUAAGUAAUAACAAAACAUUUAGAUAAACAAAGAAGUAUGAACUUUAAUUAACGAAAAUCCAUAUUACGCUGCUUACUGAAACCAAUCACAAUUCUUAUUUUAACUAAUCAACUUACAAUAGAAAAUUCUUCUCAUGCUAUUAUGUAUGGCGACUGGCGCGAGUAUAGUUAGUAUAUGAGUAGCCAUUUACCACUUUUGGUGUAUCAUGUUUCAUCGCUAACCUUUGUUAUAGUUUGCAGGAAUGUCAAAUUCAGUCAGCUACUCAUGACUGCUCAAACUGUUCAAGACCAGUUUCCUACAGUACUUUGCAUGUUUUGGAAUGUUUCCAAUUCAUAAUUUUUUUUUUGUUAAAUACUGAUCAGGAGUUAAAAAGGGGUGUGGGCGGACAGUUCAAGAAUAGAUAUAAGCCUGGAAAACUUAUAGUUUUCGAGAUAUUUACAUUUAAAGUUGAAAAUUUCAACUAUUUGAAGUUUGUAAUUAUUCGAUUUUAAAUAUAUUUUAUAUUUUUCGCUAUUAUUUCCACUAGCACUUCACUAAUUCGAUUGUAGAUAUUUAUUUUCCGUUAUAAAUUGCAAAAUAUCUUUUACUCAAUAUUUAACUUAUUGUUCAAUAACAAAACGGUUGCAAACUGAUAAUAGCUGGUAUAACCUUAUAGACAACUUUUGUAAAUGAACUGAAAGAUAUAAUUAUAUUAUACCAAAAUGGCAGGAAAUGAGUAAAUUUUUAGUUUUUCGGCGGUCUUCGGUGGUCUUCAUCCACGCUUCAAAAAAUAACCUUAGUCCGUUCAACACGGGUGUGUAGUCAGUUUCUUUCCGUAUAACUCCUUUUUGCGUUGGCAGCUUCAUAAAAAUAACCCUGGUUGGUUUAAACCCGGUUUAUUCUCAAGAGAAGAGAAAUCUGAAGAAAUUUUUAUUGUUCAUCAUCUAUCCUUUUAUUUUAGUUUUUUUCGUUUGCCACAUAUAUUAGUAUUGCAACACUGGUUAUUUGUCAGCGUGCAACCGUUUUGUCAUUGUGUGAAUAAAUAGAAUUGAACAAAAAGUUAAAUAUUGAAUUGAAGCUAUUUUUUUAUAUAUUUUUUUUUUUUUUUUGUUAAAUACAUUUUAUUUGCAAUCUAUUUUAGUAAAUAAUAAGCAAAUUUGAUAACAAAACCAUAAUAAUAAUAUAAUGUGAAUAAAAUGUGUACAAACAAAUCAGUGAAGCACGAAAACACUUUCUUUAGAUAUUUAAUGUCCAAAAAUGUUCAAAACUGUUAAACAAAUAUAUCUAAAUUUCUAUGAAAUUCAUUGUUUUCCAUUUCUUUCUGUAUCAUUUAAGUAUUUCUUGCAUAAAAUUGAUAAUUUCUAACAAAUACUAUAAAAAGUGGUUCCCAAAAAUAGAAAGCGAUUUAAUGUUCAUUUUAUGAAGUACACUAGUUCAAUAACCAUAUGCAAUAAAAAAUAUUGUUAUAGAUCAGCAACUAUAGCCUAGUCGCCUUGCAUAACUCGUAGGUUAGAUAUAGUACAUUCAAUCCAACUUUAUUGAUAGCCAUACAAGUUGAUAUUUUUAACAUUUUACACAUAUGUAUGUACACACACAUACUUGGACCACUGAAAUCAAAGGGUAUAUGUCAUUUUUAAAUUCAUUCAUUUAUUGCUUGUGCUUAUGACAUUCAGCUGACCCUCAAAUAGCCUCAAAAAACGUAUAAAUUUAAAUAUAUUUAAAGGAUAUGUCACCGUUUUAAAUGUUUCAAUAAUUUUUGGUCACAUCACACGUUUCAUUUAAAUCAAUCAAUAAUGCUGCCACUAAGCGCGCCACAAAAAAUUAAAAAAUGUCAGAAUCUUCAAAAUAUCGAUCAAUCAUAAAUUCUUUUUGGAGCACAACUAUUGAACGAUCGUAGCGCAAAUCUAACAUGAUUGCCGUUAUCUGCAUCUUAUGUGUCUUAUAUUCUCAAACAACCAAUUUAACUUGUCUUGAGUUCAAUUUGGAAAAACAUCUAGCAGAGGUGUACAUGUUAAUUAUGUAUGCAAUUAUUAAAUUAAUGUAAAUUACUUAAUUAUUGUUGAAACAGUUCUUUAAAAAUUAUAUAAUUUUUUUUAUUAAUUAAUAUUUAUCUGCAUUGAUUAAUACCAUUUUCAUACUUCACACUCAUUUUGCCAAAAAAAAAAAAUCAUCGUGGUGUAAGCACGUGUAUACAUUUGUAUUUUAUAUGUAUUAAAAUUACACUGUGUUUUUAAACUUUCAUCAAAAAAUAUCUACAUACUAUAUAUUCAAUCAAUAUUGAAAGCAUAGGUAUGAUAAAAGUUUUUCUUAUAUAAUUUCCAUUUGAAAAAAAAUUCGACCGCAAUUGUACUGCAUAUAAAUACAAUUACAACCCGUGAAAAUGCAAACAACUCAUCAUAGAAGUGCAUAUACAAGUAAUUCACAAACAAUUAAAUUUAAUUAAUCAAGACUGUGGCUAAAAAAGCUUUAUCAACCAUUAACGUAAAAGAAUACUCAAUACCAGCUUUAAACUCUUAUGAGCACUAAUGUCUGGGUUUCAAAAAUGUUGAAUACCUAAAAACAUGUUUAACAAAUAGUCAAACCCCGUACUCGGUCAUAUAUUCAGAAAAAAAAUCAAGAGUCGAAUUUACUACAUCUUAUUGUAAAAACUUUUAUAGAAAUCCUUAAGAUUUUCAAUGUAAUUAAUUAAAUACACUUAUUAAAAGCAUUUAGUUUGCACUUUAUUCAAAAGUAUACUUAAAUCUUAACACUACUUAAACUGAUCUAAAAAUAAUAAAUUAAAAACAAUAUUAAAAUGCGUAAAUUUUUGUUCGAAAACAGUAAAAUUGUAAUUAUCUUCAAAAUUUCAGCGCAUUCACUAUAAACCUAUACUUUGUGUCGGCGAUGAUUCCCACGCACUUAACUCAUAACUCUCAAAACGCACAUUGUUUUCGAAUUAUACAUAGAUAUUUUGUAUAAUUUUCUGAAUUUACAUCAUGAACAUAGAAACUAAGUUUUACAAUUAUUUAAUUGUGCUGUACUUAAAUUGGUGAACACAGAAGCAGCAGUGCUCCCUAUGUUUUCAUAUGUACUAUAUAUAAAACGAUUUCUCUUCAAAGAUAUUACUAGUUACCAUUUGCAAUAGUUUAAAAACUAUAUACGAGACUUGAACAUUGAUAUAUGAAUAUUACUUGUAAUGCUUUUCCAGUUACAAAAACCUAAACUACAUUUGUCCAUAUUGGGUAAAUAAUUCAUAAUUUCAAUAUUUAUUGCAAUGAUAAAAAACUCGAUAAACAAUCGUCUUAAAUAGUAGUUUCUUAUUAUGUAUAUUUUACCAUUAACUACGGUAUGUGCCGUGAUUAGUGUUUCAAAUUAGAAAGAAAAGUGUUUUCGAUCUUGUUGCGUAUUUUUAACUGGAAUUCAGUGAAAUUGUAUUUAUGCUUUUUUGAACAAUUUAGAGAAAUUUUGAGCCAAACUCUACUUGGAUUCAUUAAUAUUUGUGAUAACUUAACAUAACCGCUAAAUUUGAGUUGUUAUAUAACCUCCUAAAUAUCCCACAAAAUUUAACUGAUUUUAAAGAUAGAGUAUUUAGUUGCAAUCAUUAAACAUUCAGCAUGGUAAUCAACUUUGCAAAGUGGAGUAUAUCUCCACGAAGUCUGAGACCAUAAAUAUCCGAAAACGAAAACAACACAAAAUUCUGUUUUCAAUAUACAUACUUAUAUGUUUAAUGAAGGACAAAUAAAUCUUUAAGCAAAAAAAAAACUGUAAAAUAACGGAUCCCCCAUUUCUGAUUAACGGAUCCCCAAUUUCUGAUUAACGGUUUGUAAUUUUUAUUUAAAUACCAGCUAACAAUUUAUAUUAGUAUAUAGUAUAACAUAACUCAUUAUAUAGAACUUAGCAAAAAGCAAACCAUAAUGAAGUAGAAAAAAAUUUAUUAAGAUAUACACGAAAGGACUUGAAGAGAGAAACCUAUAUAAUUCUGCAAAUUAAACGAAGAAACUAAACAAAGAUUGUUAAAAAUGGUUAGAUAAACUAAAACGUAAUUAAAGAAAAGCUAAAUGUUGAAAAUAAACUAAAUAAAAUAAAAUUAAGUAAACAAAUAUUGUUACUCUGUAUUAGGUAAAAGUGUUUUGCAAAAGCUUUAAUAUUUAGGGUGCCUAUAUUUGCUAAAAAUUAGGAUUUUACGAAAACAAAACUUUUAAAGGAUAAGAAUAUAUUACAUAAAUAUGAGAAAAGAAAUCAAAAACCAUAGGCAUUUUAUUAGUUUCAUGUCCAUUUCCGUGCGUACAUUUAGAAUAGGAAAUUUAAUUUUCACAAUCGGCUUUAUUAGUUGAUACAUACAUACAUAUAUAUAACGGACAUAAUAUACAAUACCGAAUUUCAUUAUUAUGCAAACAAUUUAAUUAUUGUUUGAUUGUAUUUUUCAUAUAACAUUUAUCUAAGCAUCGAAACAGAUACUCUUUUAUUGUUUGUUAAUUGAUAAAUAUUUAUGUAUUUUAUUCAAUGCACUCAAUCUUCUUACUAUACGGUUAAUUGUUACAAAAUUCUUGUACAAAAAGUGAAAUGUUCAUCUCAUAAUCUUCAGUUGAACAAUGAAAAAUUACAUAAUAAAAAUGGGUAUACAAUUUAUGCUCAAUGCAACUGAUUUACUUACAUAGUUAACUGUAUAUUGACAUAUUGCUGUUAUACAGCGCAAACCAAAUUGUUCUGAAUAUAAUUCAAGAUAUUGGUAAAACACAUAAAUUUUCAAAAUAUAUGUACGUAGAAAAAAUAAAUAGAAUAGCAAUUAAAAGACAGUGCAUAAAUGUAUGGAGAGAUGAGAAACAAAUAAGAGGAUUGAGUGCGAUUAGUUAUACGCAAACAUAUAAAUAUUUUAUUUCACGAUUACUUAAUAGCCACAUAGCCACAUAUAUACACAUACUUGUAUAUUCAAGAUGCUUUUUUUACUCAGAUUUCACACAUAUACACAUUUAGACAUUAGUUUGCUUUUUAGUACAUUCAAUUUAUGUUCUUAUGUACAUGAGUGUGUUUGCAAAAUAAUAUUUACAAAUCUAUGUACAUGUAACACCUCAUGAUUAAGCAAACCAUUAUACGAGUAUGUAGCGGUAUUUUAAUUUAAUUUUAAUUUUAGACAACAGCAUAAGAGCAACUGCGUUUGCUUAAAUUUAGAAUAAGAAAUCCAGAGAACAGAAGAUUUGUAAAAUUAUAGUAACAUCAUCGAGCAAGAGUACUACGAGUAAAACAUUAAAAUCGUAGUAUAAUAGAUAUAGUUAUAUUUACCUGUACAAUUAGUUUCAUUGAAUAAAAAACAGUUUACAUAAAAUAAUA